AUGCCUGAAAGUUCCGAAACGCAUCUUGUACAGGAUUCUGAUCAUGAGCUCUUCACUCGUCUAGAUCGGAUUGAAGGGCUUUUGCUAGAAGCAAAGUCUCAUCGUUCCGCUCUAACCAAAUCUCACCUCGCUGAUCAGCCUUAUGCUCCCCUAGAUUACCAAUUUCCAACUUUAUCUAGCCGAUUAGCGGAGAAACAACCUUGUGGAGAGACUGAAAACUCGGAUGUCGUUGUCUUCGGCUUUGAUCUUCACUGUCUCUCAAGUUUUGGUACCAAGGAGUUCCACCAAGCACUUCUGCCCCUCCGUGUCAACGAUUUCGAGGAGAGCUUAGAACAAGAGCUCAAAGAGGGUAAGUCCCUUUUUGAAGGAGAUCAAGUUGAGCUUCUCGAUCUCGACCUCAGUCCUCAAAAUUGUGGGCGUCUUCAACAGCUCUUUGCACGACACGUAUUACCUCAGCGGCCAAUAUUCGAUCAUGAAACUUCCGCCAAGUUGGUUGCUCGCGUGGCAAGAGAAAGGCCUCUUCCAAAGACCCUUGAUACGGCCCUCACGUUACUCAUCUUGGCACUCGGAUCCAUGUCAACAGACAGCCAAAAUAUGUCAUAUGAUCCAGUGACCACGCCGGGGCUUGAUUACUUCCGCGCCGCCUGCCAGAUUGUCGACGGCGACCGGAAGUCCAACUACACAUUGCAACAUGUCCAAUGCCACAUCCUUAUGAGCGUCUAUUUCCAGAGCUGCCUCCUACCAAUCCAGGCCUUUGAAUCGAUCAGGGUGGCUUCCGAAAAGAUCGUUCUACUUCUCCAAAUGCGUAAGCGCAUCGCCUCUGAUAGGUCGUACGCCAGUCUCUGCCAGCGAGCAUAUUGGGCCUGUUAUCUCAUUGAACAAGACCUGCAAAUGUAUAUCUCGCACAGCUCUUGCUUACUGCAGAGCAUCCAUGAACUAGUACCACUUCCUACCAGCGACAGCGAGGAGCCUGGCUUCUACGGAUUUCUGGCUGACAUUGCAUUGUGUCGAAUUGUCUCAAGAGCCCGAAACGGCAUCUCUUGGAAUAGGGCUAUGCUGAAAGAACCUGUCAUCGUUCGCGAAAUCAUCCUGCAAUUGUCUGAAUGGUACGCUACCUUGCCUCCACCUAUCAAAUUCCCUCUGCUGGACCUUUGCCAAGCCGGUGUUUUCUCCAAUGGUACACUUCUUGACACACAACAAGCCCAACUUCGUGCAAAGUUCUUUUCUACCCAUGCUCUUUUGCACUGGCCAAACGUUGUACUUUUGCUCGAAAUACAAUCCCCUACCACGCGACAGGCUGAUGAUCAAGUCAACAACGAUUUAUCGCACAUCCUAAACGGCGCAGCUAAGGCCCUCGAGUUCGCCAUCAUGUCCAUUUACGCGUUUGAGUCUUUAUAUUCGAACCCCAACCUUCUUAUGGAUUCAAAUGGUGGUACCUUUUACGCUAUUAUGAUAUUUCUACUAUCCGUUUAUAAUGACCCAUCACUGAAGAUGGUGCAGCAUCCAAGAACGAUGGAGGCUCUCUGUUCAGGUUGGCAUCUCUUGAGCUAUUGGCCUGAUAAGCCAGCAGCUGAGAGUGGCCGGGAGAAGGUGGAACGGCUGUUCAGAGAAAAGGGAAUUAAGCUACCUACCUAA